UGUGUGUGUGUGUGUGUGUGUGUGUGUGUGUGUGUGUGUGUGUGUAUGCGCGCGCGCGUGCUUAGAUUGUGUGUGUCAUGAUAUUAUUUGGCGUUAGUUACAUCUGAGACGUCUUUAUAUUCGGAUUCAGAGCUUGUUUCCCCAUGAAUGGUAUCUGACAUGUCGGAGAUUGACAACUCCCUUGUGCUGAUUGCCCUCUCUGAUUGAGGGAUCUCCAUCUGUUUUUUGACUGUUUGUCAUGCUAUCUAUGGAUCCACUGGGAGGUAGAGAGCCUUUGGUGACUUAGUUGGCUUGGCUUUUUCAGGUUUUGUGUUUUUUCCCUUUGUUGGCAGUACCUGGCUAAGGUCAGCCUGUUCUGGCACUGACUGCACAGAUUCAGCCUGUUUCGGUUCUGCCUGUGAGGUAGGGAUGGAGGUCUCGUCCUGAGGUGGAGUAGGGACUGAUUUAGCUCUGUCCAGUUUCCUCCCUUCCAGGAUUGCAACAGUCUGGGUUAUUGCCGUUAUGGCGACAGUGACUGCCGUCUCCGCCUCCUCACUCGAGCUCCCCAAAGCUGUUGCUACUGCAGUGACUACAGCAGUUAACAGGAGAGUCAUAUCUUCAUCAAGGAGAUGAUCGUCUCUUGGGAGGCUUUUGUAGUGUUCUUUGAAUCUUUAUUCCUGUGGUUCUUUUUCUGCAUAUUUGUAAUGGCUGGAAGCUCAUUUUUAUUGGAGGUGUCGGCUGGGGAGGAACUUUCUUUCUCUUAGGUACAUAUGUGUGUACGCGUACAUAUAGUGUAUGCGUGUAUAUGUAUGUACGCGUACAUAUGUGUGUACGCGCAUAUAUGUGUAUACGCAUAUGCUGUGGGCACGCCGCCUUCAUUGGUCAUCCACAGCAGUUAGAGGGCGUGACCUCGGAGGCAUCUGACCACCCUCAUGCCCUCGACACACGCACCCACCCGACAUCCUCGACAGGGCAGGAACUUGGACUUGUGCUCAGGCAGGGAAUAAUUUCAUAUGAGCAGACUCGACAUGCCGACAACCGACCGUCUGACUAUCCGAAGGGCCUUGGGUGGCGACUUCGACUGCCUCAGGAUUGACGGGGCUGGCUUGCCACGCCGUUCUCGCUUUGAUGUUGGUUGUCACUGGAUGCCUGGCGCAGAGCGAGGGUGUUGCUGAUGUGGUGGUGCUGAACCUUCGCGGACCCAUACAACAUCCUCCUGAUCGCGUCGUGUCAUGUUGGUGCUCGAUGUGUGUCGUGGCAAGCUACGUCCCUUCUCGUAAAGUAGCUUUGCUGUUUUCUGAAAUGAGUACACCAAUGGCAGAGACAGGCAGAGAGUCAGGAGGUUGAACAGGGAAAAUUAUAUAUAAAAGUGUCAUAUAUUCAAUUUCUCGUUUCAGUAAUUCAACUAUCAAGAAAUAGAGGAAUAUGUUAAGGGAGACAGUCCGCAAGGACUCACUUGAGAUAGAAAGAGGUUAAACUCUACAAGAGAUAAGAACUUCAUAACUUGAACGACAAAGCUCCUUAGAAACGAUGUAAAGAAGGAUGUGACGAGAUACUAUUUGCAAUGAAUAAGUAAUUUUCAUGCUUCAUAUGUUGGAGCUAGUGCAAUGACCUAUAGGAUACAUGAAACCUGCAUGUAUCCUAUAUACAAAGGACGCAAAGGUAGGAUAGAGAAAACCUGCCGGAGCCAUAAAUGAAUCUUCUUUUCCCUAGAGAAAGUUCUCUCCUGUGCACUGUGUUGGGGUCUGUUCUGAUUCGAUGACAAGGUGAGUAAAACCACAUGUAGCUCUCGAAUGCUAUUGCGGUCUCGGCAGAACUUGGAAGACCACAUUUCCAAGCCCCGGUGACCUCGUCUGAUGCAUUUGAGUUGCCGGUCAGGUCGGAAGGGUAUUGGGAUUGAGUGAACAGAGCCUGAAAAUAAUUCGUGUCAUAUCCUGCUGUCAUCGGACAAGGCCACUGUCCCCACGGCCACAUUCUAAUGAAGGCACUGUAAGAGGACAGCUUGAGGACCAGUUGGACCUUGAGGGGGUUCAACCUCAGGCUUGUCUACUCCCUUUCCUUGACAUCUCUUGAAGAGGGGCUGAUGGCCAACUAUUUGUCCGGGUAUGAUAAUACUUGAACACCCAUGCCAAUCAGACUGAAUCAGCUGAUCAUUUCUCCUUUUCUGAUCAACUGAUCUGUGGUUUCUUUAUAGAAUCAGCUAUCAUCAUUGUUUUGCCACUCAGCUAAUCAACCGUUGAUUAUGGAAUCAGUAAAUCUUCAUUGUUAACACAAUCAGCUCUAUAUUGUCACUUAUAGAACGAACCGAUAUGUCAUUGCUUACUGAAUUAUCUAGUAUUGCUAUUUAUCCAGCGAGCUGAUCUGUUGAUUACAGAUUCAGCUGACCUAUUGCUGUUUACUGCAUGCCUGUUUAUUACUGUUUAUCUAGUCAACUGAUCAGGUGUUUACAAAAUCAGCUGACCACUGUUUACUCACUCAGAUGAAUUAUUGAAUCAAGUAUCAGUUGAUGUACAACAUCUGUCUAUCGAGCCGGCUGAUUUGUCAUUGUUUACUGGAACAACUGAUCAUAUUUCAUUAGUUAUUCACCUGUUCAUAGCAUCAACUGUUCAUCAUGUCUAUUCAGUCAGCUGAUUUGCCUCUGUUUACGGUCAUUGCUGAUCUGUUGUUUACCGGAUCAGCUGGUCAUAUAUAACUAUUUAAUCAGCUGUUAUGUCGUUGUCUAGCAUCAGUUGAUCAUUACUGCCCAUCGACUCAGCUGAUAUAUCACUGUUUAAUGAAUCAGUUAAUUUAUCACUGUUUAUCAAAUUAGUUGAUCUGCCAUUGUUUACCGAAUCAGCUGGUCUCCCAAUGUUUGCUGAAUCAGCUGAUCUGCCAUUGUUUACCGAAUCAGCUGAUCUCCCAAUGUUUGUCGAAUCAGCUGAUCUGCCAUUGUUUACCGAAUCAGCUGAUCUACUAUCGUUUAUCGAAUCAGCUGAUCUGCCAAUGUUUGCUGAAUCAGCUGAUCUCCCAAUGUUUGCUGAAUCAGCUGAUCAUCCAUUGUUUACCGAAUCAGCUGAUCUGCCAUUAUUUACCGAAUCAGCUGAUCUGCCAUUAUUUACCGAAUCAGCUGAUCUGCCAUUAUUUACCGAAUCAGCUGAUCUCCCAGUGUUUGCUGAAUCAGCUGAUCUCCCAAUGUUUGCCGAAUCAGCUGAUCUGCCAUUGUUUACUGAAUCAGCUGAUCUGCCAUUGUUUACCGAAUCAGCUGAUCUGCCAUUGUUUACCGAAUCAGCUGAUCUGCCAUUGUUUACCGAAUCAGCUGAUCUCCCAGUGUUUGCUGAAUCAGCUGAUCUCCCAAUGUUUGCCGAAUCAGCUGAUCUGCCAUUGUUUACUGAAUCAGCUGAUCUGCCAUUGUUUACCGAAUCAGCUGAUCUCCCAAUUUUGCCGAAACAGCUGAUCUGCCAUUGUUUACCGAAUCAGCUGAUCUGCCAUUGUUUUACCGAAUCAGCUGAUCUUCCAAUGUUUACCGAAUCAGCUGAUCUGCCAUUGUUUACCGAAUCAGCUGACCUUCCAAUGUUUACCAAAUCAGAUGAUCCGUCGUUGUUUACGGGAUCAGCUGAUCUCCCAUUGUUUACCGAAUCAGCUGAUCUCCUAAUGUUUACCGAAUCAGCUGAUCUCCCAAUGUUUGCUGAAUCAGCUGAUCUCCUAAUGUUUACCGAAUCAGCUGAUCCGUCGUUGUUUACGGGAUCAGCUGACGGCCUCGUGGUGGGUGUGGCAGCGUUCGCGUGCAUUCCUUCUGCAUAAUCUGUAAAGACAGGAAGCUGAAAUUCGCGUAUAAAACGGCAAAAGACCACCAACAGGCAUGGAGAACACUUGCAGAGGGAGAGCUGCUUUGGAAAUAAUUACUUAAAUAGAUAUUUCAACAAUGACAAAGCUAAGAUAUUUAAACAGUAUCUCUUAAUUCCUUAAGAUUUUGCUUGAUCGGGCAGGAAAUUGCAUACUGGUAUUGUUGCAGAAAGAUGCGAUGAUGAAUCUCUAAAAGUCAUUUUAAAGUAACUUUAAUAUAUUGAUAAUUAAGAAAUGAUUUGAUAUUUGGAUAAAUGAAUGUAGGUUGCAUUACAUUUCAGCAAGUCAGUCUUUUGAAACUUAUGAAUACAUUUAUAUUACAAUGAUAAUAAUAAAGAACAAAUAUACAGUAUUAGUUCACUUGAGGUCCAAACAUCAGUUAGGUUAAUUUCAUCAUUAAUGUAGAGCUAAUUAUAAAAGGUAGAUAAUGAGUCCACACAAAACAAGAAAGGUGAUGGACCAGUUGUAUUACAGUGGUACAAUUUGAUGUCACUAUAUGAAUACCUUUUAACCGCACCCAUCUCGACAUAUUAUGAAAGAUUUCGGCAUUAAGUGUAAACUACCAUUUCAGAGCGGUUGACAGGAGAUGGCGGCAAGUGGCGAGGCUUAGGCACCAACAGAGCUGAGCAACGCAUCAGUCGAUGCAGUUCAGAGGAAAAUCCUGAAAGGUUUUGGAAGGAAGAAUGGAGUGCAAAGUAUGCCUAGACGCCUAUAAUGACUGUGAGAAAAGGCCUCGAAAUCUUCCGUGCGGCCAUAGCUUCUGCUCCUCUUGCAUUGAGGACCUCAUAAGGCAAGGAAUGCUCACUUGCCCAAACUGUCGAGCCAGGCACACCUGCUCGGAUGUAACAAACUUCCCUUUUGCUUACGAGCUAGAAGAACUGAUAAACAAGAUGAGGAUGUCAACCCUGGGUGGGAGGUCUCAUGAAGAGGAGAGAAAGAUCAUCCUGAUUCAAGAAGAGCAAAUGGCUCUUUUGAAGACUAGCCUAUCGAGCUGCAAGGAUAUGCUGCUUCAACUCCAAAAGUACAAGAAUAGCUUAGGCGAAUGGGUUGUAGAACACCAGGACCUUGUUCAAGAACUCACUGCGCUGAUAAAGGCUAACAGGAACAUCCAGCAGCUCUUGAAAAAAGAAGAAGAGUGUGCCUCAGUGUGUCUUGGGGAAGGAGAAGAUAAGAAGCAGAUGUUGUUGUUGGCAGAAGAGGCCCUAGCAGCAGCCAGAACGCCUCAAGAGGUGGUGGGUGCAGUAGAUGAUGGCGAGUGUUGUCGUGUCGCGGCAGAUGAUUGGGCUAAGAAGUGCCAGGAGGUCUUCCCAAAUGUCACUGCUGUUUAUAGGUCUGUCAAGGUCCGAACAUCUACCAAGAAGGCCCUGAAGAUGAUAACACAAGAGACUGGAGAAGAUACAAGCUCACCAAUUCUCGUUUCUGAUGAUGGAGGUGCUGUAUCCAUCCUUUUUGGAGAUCCUCCUGCUGUCAUUACCACGGGAGAGACAGAGACUGCUGCUCAGCCCUUGCCAAGCAUACUCCACAGGUUUCAUAACCUUGUUGGAAUGGAACCGUUGACGGUGGAUAGUCUUCGUGAACUGGCUAUGCCUGUGCAGCAUCUGGUGGAAUGUGGGCAGGUGGUUGCUGUUCAGCACAGCCUUGGACACCCACGUUAUGCCAGGGUGUCUCUGCACAAUGACACACUCUGCCUUCACCACCUGCAGGACAACCCCCCUCCCACCAAUACCCACAUUGUCCCUUAUAAUGAAUUGCUAAAUCAUGUGGAGAGUGCUUCCACUUUGGUCUUCCUGGAGAUGUCUUGGCCAGGUUCUACUCUGAGACGGCUCUACAUUCGGCUGAUCCCUGACACCCCACGUGGAAAGCAGUUCCGCCUGCUGUGCACGGGCGAGGAAGGGCCAUCCUAUGCCAGCACCAGACUUCUGAAGGUCGUGAACAAGGGCAAACCAGGUGAAUGCGUGAGGGGAGGUGAUUACGACAACAAUGAUGGGACUGGUGGUGCUGCCAUAAUUGUGGGAUUGACCCGUGGAGGGGAGUAUAUGCGCUCUGAUAAUGCUGGAGCCGUCUGGGGACGAUGGGGUGAUGAGUGCCGUGGUGGGCAGUUCUACAUCACUACCCGAUCCCGGCCCGGGGCAGCUCUUCUGACAGUUUUUGGUCAGGUGGAGAGUGGGCUUGAAACACUCAAGUCGGCCGUCAAUCUGCCUGACAUAGGACGCAUGGCUGUUAAUGAUUGUGGCCUGGUGGUGCCACACUAAGGAUAUUGUACCAUUGCAAAGGAUGAAGUAGUUUUGCUAUGUCAUAUUACCAUAGACAAAAUUAAGCCAUCUCAUAAUGAUACCAUGUAGUGGUAAACAGUGAAGCAACAGUCAGGUAACUUUUUCUUACAGCAAGAUAUUAGAAUUUAUUAAGUAGCAAAGCUCAAAAUUCUUAAUAGAAUUAUCAAGUGCAGUUCACUAUUCUGAAUUGCAUUUCUCUUCAGGGAGCACUAAUAUCAUUUUCUAGUCAUAACUCCAAAUAGCUGUUAUUUGUUAUAUGAGAUUAAUAUCAUAUAUCAAAAUAUAUAUGCAAAUGUAAAUAGGAAUAUUAUUUUCAAUCUUCUUUUUCUAGUCUGUUAUCUUUCUUAUUUAUUUUCUCAUGUUUUUAAUGAUAUACUAUAUGAAAUAUUACAAUGUAAUGCAAUAAAACACUUGAAUUCA